CAUAAUCGUUCUCUUCUGUGUAUUCGGUCCGAACAAAAUCAAAAGGAUUUACUUUUCGUGUGAAACAUCAUAGGAAAACUACAGCUUUUCGGAAAGAUUUAAUACUGUAUGUCAGACUGAGCAAUGUCGUUAUUUGACGCGUCGGUUAAUCAAGUCGUUAAAGACGUUUCCGACAAAACUUUAGUGGCUGUGCCAAAUCGCUGCUCGGCAGAUUAUUGUAAGAUUUUCUCGUUGAUCGAACGCAAGACUCGCCCAUGGCAUUUACCCUGGAAAUCUGAGUAUAAAUAUAUUCCAACCGAGUUGACACUGAAUGAUGUUUUGAUCGAGGUAGGUUACUGUAUCAAUAUAAUUAACAUAAAUAGAAAUAUAGUAUUACUUUAUGUACAGUAAUGUAUAAAAUUUACCCUCGAAAUUUUCAUCGAUAAAACCCGUGAGGCACCAAAAUAUUUACCCAUAGACCUUACUAUAUAUAUCAACAACUGGCUCAGUUCAUCAGUUGGGGUUUAAUUCCUGUCAGAGGACCUAUAGUUGCAUUUUUCGCAACUGUUUCUCGAUUUACAAAAUCUGUCAACCAGGGACGCCGGAACUGGGGGGCCGGAGGGGCAGCUGCCCCCGUUGCCCUUUACCAGGAGGGGCAAGGGGGGCAAAAGUGCCCUUUCAAUCUAAAGGAUUGCCUUGGCGAAAUAGCGAAUUGUUAGAAAUGUUAGUGCAAUUCUUUUAUGAAUUUGCUUCAGAAAACGCAAGAAAUGCAGUCAUUGAGCUUCAAGAAUAGCACAAUCGCCUGGCGGAGAACCCCCUCACAACCCUAUCAUCCAAGAAAUAGAAAACAUGAUUAGGCGAAGUUCAACUCCCGAUGUUUUGCAAACAUCUCUUAGUAUAUAUCAAUUCAAAAGUGCCCUAGUUCACAAAAAUCUGCCCCCCUUGCACAUCGUUCCGGUGUCCCUGCUGUCAACAUUAUUACAGUAACAUGGCACAUUAGGGGGUCCGAAACACACCCCCCCCCGGGCGAUUUAUUGAAUGUAUAGCUCUGACAAUGAUUGUGGCUAAAGGGGAUGGACUAGGGCCAAGUUUUCAAGAUGACCGCCAGUUUUAAGAUCAUUAAAACGUAAAAGAAUCAAUAACCAGCCACUUGCAACCAUACUAAACCUACCUAACCCUAACCCCCACACUAACCUAAUACUGACGCAAACUCUUAUUUCAAUUUUGGAACCAGCUCAUAAACUACCUCUCGCCCAUCCCUUUUAGACAUUACCCUCUGACAAUGCAUGCACCCUAUCGAAUGUGCUUUACUUGUUCUAUAUAACAGCUAUUUGUUUCCAGCCUGUUGAUGUUAAAAAUCUGCAAAGCUCAUCAGUACUGUUUCAAAACUAUUCAAGUACACCAUCAUUUCAUAAAGCUGGCAAAAUUGGCGGCAAGAUAGCAGAGGAGUUUGAUGUUGAUGUUAGUGUUAAUGAGACAAUGCAAGUCUCGUUAAAGCUUGGCAAUGUGAUGAAACAGGAAGUGCUAUGGCAAAAACUGUACGACGCAGUUAAUGGCAAGAUGGUGAAAACUGACCAUCCGUUAUUGAAAGCAAUCAAGAGUUGUAAAAAAAGAAGUUUGUUUUUAAUUGGUAUGGUGGUGACAUCUGGUUUAUCAUCUGAAAUUCUUGACGAGGAUAUGAAUUUUGGUGGUAUGUCAGAAAUAUUUAUGAUUUGAAAAUCAAUUGUUUCAAUGGAAUAAGUAGUAUUCACAACUCAAAUACGGAAUACCGGAGUUUUCUUCAAGGCGGGGGAGGGGGUAGGGGCUGCAACCACUAGGGGGGUGCACACACCCCUGCACCCCACCAGUAGAUCUAUCCCUCACUGAACCGUCAACUUGACAUUAAAAACUUUACUGUUUCUAGCUGAUCUUGGUGGCAGCCCUCAAGUUGCACUGAAGCUAAACAGCGAUGCCUCAAGUGAUACAAAACAACACAGACAGUAUACCAUACCUCUUGGAACCGCACUAGCAUAUACAUGUUACAAAUUAAAAGUUGGAAAUAACGGUGCUUUAAACCUACAACUUGGGAAUGACGUAACUGAUGCACCUCUUGUGGGUGGAGAUAAAAUUUUUGAAGGUAGAUAAAUACACAUACUAGUUAUAAUUAUCAUACCUUAAAUUUUGACGACCUUUAUUCCGAUUGCGUGUUGUAAACUAGAACAAUUAAGUCAGUUAUCCAAAAUAAUUAUAAGUUGUAGAAUUGGCAUAAUAACAUCCCAAAUAUGACAAAACAUUAAUGAUCAGUGACUGUCGGGGAACAGGAAUAUUUUCAAAAGAAUGAAAAGACAAUUAAUGGAAAAUUCCGAUCACUGUUUCAGUCAUGAGUGUUUGACUCUGAUCCUUUAGAAAGAUAAUUUUAAUUAGUCUAUCAUCUUUUAAUUAUUGUCAUACUCUACUAUUAUGCAAGCUUGUGUUCAUACGUUCAACAAUAUCGUUAGUCGGAACUUUAUAUUUUUUGUAGUUGAAAGUGUACAAGAAGCCUUAAGUGGGUUACUUACAAAUGAAGUCAGUAAUGAUUUAAUUACUAUGCUGAGAAAAAUUCUGAAAAAUAAACCAACUUGUGCUUUCAAGUUGAAUGUUGUUGUAAGUAUUUCUUGUUGAUUGAAUCUUCAAAUUAUUUAGGGCCCAAUUUACAGUUACUGUAAUAGGAUCAUCCAUUAUCGUCCAGGGAUGGAUUUACUGGGGUGCACCCUAGCCCUGGCCAGAGGGGUGCUAUUUUUCAUGAUAAAGCAAAAAAUUAUUAGAGGCAAAAUGAGAUACAGUAAUUUGAGUAAUAACCAGGGCCGCAAAGAGGGGGGGCAGCCCCGAGGUGCUGGGGCCCCUGAAAAUUUUUUGUUGGGCCCCAGUCUUUUUUGUGUGUUAAAUAUUUCUGCGCAAAGGACAAGAUAUCUGUUUUCUUGGGCUAUAAGUACCAAAAUUUGGCAUAAAAAAAUGAGAUAAAGUCCCUGUAAAACAAUUGCAACGUACUCGUGCAGAAAAAUUUUUUACCCCUAAAAUGGUACACUGACCGAAAAUUUUUUGGCAAUUGGGGGUGGAGGUUGUUCUCCGGAAAAAUUUUUUUAGAUAGGGGCCCCUAAAAAAAAAUUUGCCCCAGGCCCCCGGGUAUGAUGAUAAGUGAACUGUGAAUAACAAUUACAAUUCAAAUACAGUAGUCAAGCAAGACUUUGCAGUAGUGAAGCAAGUUGAUGGGCGGGCGGCACACAUGACUGACACAACUCAGCACCAGAGCUGGCAGAGCACACACCCCCCCUAUACCAGAUCAUGCUGGAUCCAUCCCUGUUAUCAUCCAUCGAUCCUCACAGACUGUCUUUAGUUAUUAAGCCCCGUACAGAUGAGUUUUAGUCUUCCUUGACAAGUUUUAUAUGCUCAUGUGUACAGCAAAAAAUUGACAAUAUUUCCUUGCCAAAGAGCCUAAUGAUCCAAAGCUAGUCAUGCCAUAUUUUGGACAAGGAAAACUUGACAAGUGUAUACUGUAUAGAAAUACUUCUAUGGUUUUGGCAAACAAAAGACGACCUUGACAUAAGAUAAAUGUUUAUAACAACAUUUCUAGGUUGAAAAUGCAAUUGACACUUUGCAAGGGGAAGAUGUAACAUGCAAGAUUACAGUUCAACACUUACAGAAAUUAUUCUCGGAAGAUUGUUCAACAGAUUGUUUCAAGUUCUUAGUAAAAGCAGGUUUUCAGAUUGACAAAGAGAAAAAUAAACUGGUUUAUCCAGAAAAGCUGGAUCUAUUGAAGUCCCUCUAUGUUCUCUUGGAUUGUUUGUCAGGUUAGUGCAGGAGGGGUGUGGUUGCAGUGUGAGAUUCCUGCUAUAUGCAGUCACAAGGGACCAAUAAGGGAAGGAACAAUUCUGACAUGAUAGGACUAUAUCCAGCCAGUAUAGAAAUAAAAUUACUUUACUAUGUACCAACAGAGAUGUACCAAACACUGCAGGUUUUCUCUAUGUAGAACUGAUAGAAUAGAACUGCCCAGUAAUUAAAUAAUUUAGCCUUCAGCCUUGAUCUCGACCAGUAGACCUGCCAAGUUCGGAAGAUAAGAAUGCGUGACCAGGGCCGUUGCGAGGACUUUGCCUUUGGGGGGGGGGGAGGUUAGAUUUACCGGAAUUGUUUCAAUUCACCUGAUUUUGCGUCGCCCACGAGGCGCCAUCAUGGUUGGCGCCGAGCAACCAUGAAAGCAAAAAAAUUUGAAUUCUCUAGACCGUUGGAAAUAGCAUUUUUAUAGAGUCUUUCCUACCCAAGAUUUCAAUGUUUUACUACUGCCUAAUAACGAAGAUAACUAAAAUAGUAACUACUGAUCAAUAUGACAGUGUUACUUACAGUUUAAUGUGACUAGGAAAAUUGAGAAAAUUUUGGAAAUUUUGAGUCUCCAGAUCGUCAGAAAGCGUAUUUUAAUUUUUUAAAAUUUUUUUAAAAUUUUAUAAACUUCGUCACAAUAUAAAUUACAUAUCUAAAUACUAUAAUGACUAUAACACAUUCCGAGCCAUCCUUACAUGUAUCGUAUUUGGGCAUGUACCGCAGGCCACGAUGCGUCUGACGCUAAUUCUAACGUUGUUAACUCUAAUUCUACGUUUGUACAAAGCGUUGUCAAUGAGUUAUUGUACGAAAAGUGGGAUAGCGUCAUAUAAUGUUAAAAAUGCGUAACUUUAAGAUCAUUUUAGUUAUGCGUGCGGGACAGCGGGAACAAAAGCAGAAUGCGUAACUUUCACGCGAAAUGCGGGAACCUUGGCAGGUCUGCUCGACAGUGGGUUCAAUUCUCGAUAUGGACUCAUGUGUGGACUCAAUGUGAAAAGAGUCAUUCAGUCAACAUGCAGAAAGUCUUGGGUUUUUCUCUGGGCUCUCCGGUUUCCUCCCACAGGGAAACUUGACAGGGUGGGUUAGGAUAAACAUACUGUAGUUAGGGACCGGUCAAUAUUUAAGGCGGGGGGUGGCACCGAAGAGAAAAGGGUUGGGUAAACAAAAUUUUGAGUAAGUAAAAGGUUGGGUAAAUGAAAAACAAAACAACUCAAGGGUUGGGUAAUAAAAAUUUAUUGUCAUUUCAAAGCAUGACCCACUGAAAUAUUGGAGACUGAAAAGCAAUGUCAACAGUCAUUUGUCAAUACAAUAUGUGAAUCAAUCAGAGUCACUAUCUUGAUCAUAGUUUGACAAAACAAAUUGUGUUUCCAAAGAAAGUACAUGUGCAGACAACAUGAAACUUUAGACUGCAGAAAAUUUCACAAGCAUUUAUCAAACUCAUGUCACUGAAGUGAUAAAGGACAUGUAUGACAACUGAAUGGUAUCCUUUUGUUAAGUUUUUGGCCAGGGGUGGGUAGUUAUUUUUUAAUUGAUAUUUGAGGUUGGGUAAUCAAGUUUUUGUCUUUUUAAUGGUUGGGUUAGCAAAAUUUUUGACACGGAAAACAUUUCUCUUCGGUGCCACCCCCCACCAUAAAUAAUGACCGGUCCCUUAGGGAAAAAAUGGUUGUAAAAAUAAAUAGUCUAAGCUUAGUAGGUAAUAUAGGUAAGCGUAAUACUUGAUGUGAUUGGUCACUCAAAAGCCCAGAUGGUGAAGCGAGCUGAAUAAUCAUAAUCAUAACAGUCUUGUUUCCUGUUUUUCAGAAAUGAGUAAUGUACAGAUUCAGACUCUUACAGAUUGUGAUAUCUCACAUAGAAAUGACAUAAUGUUACCCGUAAGUAUGAAUUACAUAUCCAUUCUAUCAUUUGCAAGAAUCAUAUCUACUGAUCACAUUCUCAGGGGUUGAAAAAAUAGAUGAGCACUGCUCGCAGGAAAUGUUAAACAGCUGCAGGAAAUUCGUUUGAAUGAAGAUUUGCUAUUGAAAAUUUGAAGGAAACCUUAACACCUAUGUCCCACUUUGGGCGCAACAACAUAUGGUUGACAGACAUUAUUCCUUGAAUUUAAAACCAUGGUCGGCUAGAACACGUACUAUAUGUUUAUGCACAUGCAGAUUUAGUACAAAAAUACUCCGUUGGUCAGGAAAAUUUUGUCUGUGCAUGUGCUACCGGGAAAAUUAUUUUUUUCCUGCCCUGCACAUUAAUUCUCACCAUUUUCAUUGACCAUGUACCAUCUGCUGCGUGACAGCUAGUGUUUAAAUGACACCAUAGGUAAUAGAAAUAUCAUGAUGGUCAGAUGGUGAAACCAUGCAGGUCACCUAUAUUACUUCACAAUCUUUUGUUUUAGAUACAAAAAGUGAUUCAAUCGACAGAUGUGAAUAAAAACAACAUAGAGUUUUCAGAAGUUUUUGCUGACGACCAUCCAGUAGCAAGAUUUUUGAAAAGUGUUGGUUUGAAUCUGGUUAGAAGCGAUUCUUCAGUCCACGUGGAAUAUUUACCGAAAUGCCAGUCUGUGCUACAAUUAAGAUCAUCGCUAGUUGCCGUCCAUGGCAUGUGUGCAGUAUAAUUAGUGGAAAAGAAUAAUUAUGGAUACUUUGCAAAGAAUUAACUCUCUUUCUCUAAGAAUGUGCUUAGGGAAUUACCCAUCUAUUGCAGUUUUUAGCAAAGGCAGCAGUUUUUAGCAAAGACAGAAUUAUGGCUAGCUAACAACAAGUGUUAGUCCAGCCAGGGUUUAAACCCAAAGUCUCCCAAUUUUUUUCUGAUACCAACUAGUAGGGUACUGUACAUGGUUUUUAAUUAACAUAUAGGAUUGUUUUAUUCUAAAAAUAUAGGUUUUCUAAAUCAACAAUGAUUUUAUCGUUAGUAAUGCAUAUAUAUAUAUAUAUACAAUAUUCAAUAUCUACAAUUAUAAUACCUUUGUAAGUAACGAAAUACCUUCUUAAAUACACGGUAUUUUUAUGUUCAUCGCGUGUUUUAGACUUCUUGCAUUUGUGUAGUUAAUUGCUCGUCAGCAUGCAUCGUGUCCAACACUUUUUUGAAUGAAUUCACGCUUACC